CAAUGUACGCCCUUCUCCUCCUCCUCCCCCCCUUCCUGCUCCUCGUCCUGUACUUCCUGCCGCGCCGCCCGUCCCUCCCCGGCCCGCCGCUGCUGUCCGUGCUGCUUCCGGGGCCCGUGCGCACCUUCCACGCCAACCCCAACCUGCUCACGCAGUGCCUGUCGGCCAUCUCGCGCGCGCACCCCGACGUCUUCGCCCUGUGGCUGGGGCUCACGCGUGUCGUCGUCACGGCCGACCCGGCCGACCUGGUCCACAUGUCCUCCGACCCCCGCCUCUUCCCGCGCCCGCCGUGCCUGCGCGCCGUCUUCGACCUCGCCCUCCCCGGCGGCAUCUUCUCCAUGUCCUACGAGCCGCACCGCGUCGUCCGCGCCGCCCUGCACAAAAACUUUAACCACUCCAUGCUCCGCGGCUUCCACCCCGCCAUGAAGCGCGCCAUGGCCACCCUGUGCGACGCCCUCCACCGCGCCGCCGUCGCAGGCAAGCCCAUCGACAUCUCCACCCUCCUCUCGUCCACUACCUUCAUGGUUAUCCUCAACGUGGCCUUCGGCGGCCACUUCUCCUCCGAAGACUGCCUCAAGUUCGCCGCCGACAUCGACAUCCUCACCGAGGAGCUCAUGCAGGAGCACAUGCAGUACUCGGUGCGCGCCGCGUUCGAGUGGGCCGGCUCGCGCGCCCGCUUGUUCGCGUGCAAGAAGCGCAUCUAUGCCACGUGCAACCACUUUGUGCAGCGCCGCCUGGCGGAGACCCGCGCUGAGAAGGAGGCGCGCACGCCAGACAUGCUGGACACUAUCCUGAGCCUGGACCAGUUCUCGGAACACGUGAUGGCCUCGCUUGUCGUGGAGUUCGCCCUCGCAGGCUCAUACACCACCAGCCAGACAAUCGUGUGGAGCCUGUACGAGACGUGCUACGUGGCACGCGCGCUCGAGGCCGUGCACGAGGAGCUUGCGCGCAAGUUCAGCGGCAAGGGAGCUGACGAGAUGCUGUCCUUCGAGGAGGUGGAUACCCUUGAGUACGUGCGGAAUGUCUGGAAGGAGAGCACACGGCUGCACCCCAUCAGCCCGCUGUUGGGGCGCGCGGUGACGGCGGACGUGACGCUCAAGGGGAGCGGGGUGCACCUGCCCAAGGGCACCAUAGUGUACGGGAACAUCCAGCGCAUACACACGCACCCCGACAUCUGGAGCAGGGCCGACGAGUUCAGGCCCGAGCGGUGGGGCGGCCGCGGCGUCGAGGCGGAGCGCGUGCCGUUCGGGGCGUAUGCGGCGUUUGGCGUAGGGAAGACAAAGUGCGUGGGCAGGUUCCUCGCGGAUUAUGAGGGCCCGUUUAUUAUCGCAGAGAUGCACAGACGGUUCAAGUUUCGGCUCGCGUGUGGGAAGGACGAGGUGGCCAACCGGUCCAACUUUAUCGACCUCCCGCGGUACCUGAAUGAGAGCACCGGGCAAGCGGAGGGCAUUCCGAUGUAUGUAGAGCUGCGAUGAGCGGGGCUCUGAGGGUGGGGAGGAAUAGUUGUGGUUAGGUAAAUGGUUUGUCGGAGGAUGGUGGGGAGUAGGGUUUUCUGAGACGGGUGCGUAGAGUUGACGCGAAAGGUGGCGAGCGACGGGACGCCAGAAUGAAAGCACGACUUCUGUAGGCGACACAUGCAUUGGAAAGCGAAAAGUGAUGUGAGGAAUCACAUGACAUCAACUCUGGUGCUCGGCGUUAAAGGAACAGACAUGUCGCGAGAGUAGGUCCACCGGCGCGUGUUGCCGAAUGUGGCAAAAUCGAGAUGACUCUCUCAUUCUUUAGAGAGACGGGGCGUAAGGAAUCACAGGCGAAGAUAAGAAGUGCAGCAGUCUCCUUGAGACGGGUACUUUGAAAUGGAGACUGUUUCCGGUUUAAUAAGGUACUCAGCCUACAUACAUACGCUAGAAGGAUAGGGUAGCUCAUGCCUGUGAUGCUUGGAGGUGACCGACAGUCAUGGUAAAUGUCAGGACCUGCAUGUGUACCGUGUACACUUGAAUCAUCAUGAUCA